UCCAUUGGUCAAACAAUCAAAAAUCCCCCUUUCUCGUAUCGCCAAGAAGAUGAGCAAGCUAACCUCGUCGAGCUCCGAGUUGGACCUAGAUCGUCCCAAUAUCGAAGAUUACCUCCCGACUGAUUCAAUCCAAGAACCUCAUGCAAAGCUUCGAUUGCGCGAUUUGCUGGACAUCUCGCCGACCUUAACGGAGGCGGCUGGUGCCAUUGUUGAUGACUCUUUCACACGAUGUUUUAAGUCAAAUCCGCCAGAGCCUUGGAACUGGAACGUGUAUUUAUUCCCAUUGUGGUGUUUGGGAGUUGUAGUUAGAUAUGGGAUUCUUUUCCCCGGGAGGGUUCUUAUUCUCACGUUCGGAUGGAUUAUAUUCCUAUCGUGUUAUAUUCCUGUGCAUUUGCUAUUAAAAGGGCAUGAUAAGUUGAGGAAAAGGUUAGAGAGGGCUCUGGUGGAGUUAAUUUGCAGCUUCUUUGUUGCAUCAUGGACAGGGGUUGUCAAGUAUCAUGGCCCUCGGCCAUGUGCAAGGCCUAAACAGGUGUUUGUGGCUAAUCAUACAUCAAUGAUUGAUUUCAUCGUUCUAGAACAGAUGACGGCAUUUGCUGUUAUCAUGCAGAAACACCCUGGAUGGGUUGGACUUCUGCAAAGCACUAUUUUGGAAAGUGUGGGGUGUAUAUGGUUCAAUCGCUCGGAAGCAAAAGAUCGUGAAAUUGUAGCAAGAAAGUUAAGAGAACAUGUUGAAGGAGCUGACAACAAUCCUCUUCUUAUAUUUCCUGAAGGAACUUGUGUAAAUAAUCAUUACACCGUUAUGUUCAAAAAGGGUGCAUUUGAACUCGGCUCCACUGUUUGCCCAAUUGCAAUCAAAUACAACAAAAUCUUUGUUGAUGCCUUUUGGAAUAGCAGGAAGCAAUCCUUCACAACCCACUUAUUGCAGCUAAUGACAUCAUGGGCUGUGGUUUGUGAUGUUUGGUACCUUGAACCCCAAAAUAUGAAGCCCGGAGAAACACCUAUUGAGUUUGCAGAGAGGGUCAGGGGAAUCAUAUCUGUUCGUGCAGGACUUAAGAUGGUUCCUUGGGAUGGGUACUUGAAAUACUCGCGCCCUAGCCCAAAACACAGGGAAAGCAAGCAGCAAUGUUUCGCGGAGUCUGUGCUACGACGAUUGGAAGAAAAAUAGAGACCAUCAAUUGCUGCAAAGAUAGAUGUCAAUUUAAAGCAUGAAGAAGCAAGAAUAUGUGUGUGUGUGUGUGUGUGUUUUUGUGAGGUGAUGCUUUUGAUCUUGGGAUUAUUUGUUUAACAAGAGAUUAGUUUCCAAGGUUGUAUGCACCAAAUCCAAUCAAUGGAGAUGAGCUAUUUCUUUGGGGAUA